AAGCUUUUCCCUCCCAAUUUUCUCUUUCCGCUUUCAAGCUUUUCCCACUCCAAAAAUGGGGAAAUACAUGAAAAAAUCCAAAACUACCGGCAAAAUUGGCGUCAUGGAGCCUUCCGAGCCUACUACUAUGGGUGUUCGAACCAGAGCCGCUAAAACCCUAGCCUUGAAGCGGCUUAACUCCUCCUCCGCCGCUGAUUCAGCUCUACCCGACGACUCUUCUUGCUAUCUUCAGCUCCGUAGCCGCCGUCUAGAGAAACCCUUUUCGUUAAUUGAGCCGAAACAGCCGCCGAAGGUUCUUAAAUCGGGAAUCAAAGAGUCUCGCGUUGACUCGGUUAACUCGGUUGACUCGGUUCCUGUAGCUCAGAGCUGUAAUGGAGAUGAAUGUUUUGAUAAUUCCGUGAGUGCCCAAGUUUCUUGUGGAGAGAAUAGCCUUGAUUUUGAAUCUAGACACAGCACAAGAGAGAGCACGCCUUGUAACUUUGUAGAGGAUCAUGAGAUCAUGGUUACACCAGGGUCUAGCACUAGGUCGAUGCGUACAGCAACGAAAGAGUACACAAAGGACCGGGAUAGCACGAUACCGACCACUAGUGAACUGGAGGAGUUCUUUGCAUUUGCAGAGCAGCAACAACAGAGGCUAUUUGUUGAGAAGUACAACUUCGACAUUGUGAAUGAUAUCCCCCUCAGCGGACGAUACGAAUGGGUACAAGUCAUUCCAUGAAGUUCAAGAGGAAUCAGCUCCAAAAAGAUAUGGUGUGAAGUAAGAAUGUGAUGGAGAUUAACAGACUAACCCGAACAUCAAAAACCGUGUAAUCUUAAGUAAUAAUGUGGUUAGAGAACAAGUUUGAAAGUAGCUUAGGGACAUGAAACCUCACACCAUUUGUACUACUAAUCUCAGAUGCCUUAGUGAAAAUUUCUCAUCUGUUUCAUUCAAAUGUUUUCUUCUUUCUCUAUCUCUCUAUCUCUCACUCAUGUUUAUUCAAAACUAUAUGUAAUGAUGAUUGAUAGGGAUGUAUUUGAACAUGUUAAA